CAAUUUUAUGCAGAAUGGUAUUUUUGGCUCUGGUAUUUCUGGCUCUGGUAUUUCGGACCAUAUAUAAUUUUCUUCAUGUCAUGCUUCUGUUUAAAAUAUUUCACACCUAAUGUGAUUUUUGUAUCAUGACCAGUUCUGCAUAUCCCUCGGUUUUGGAAUUUGACUGCCAUUUUUGUAGUAGACCAAAGUCGUACAUUUAUACUAUAUAUUUUAUUAAUGUGCAAGUUAAUCAUUACAAUAACGUGUCUAAAUGCUAGAUCAUAUGUUUUUUGCUGUCUAAGUUCGUUGUUUUAUUAUCUUCAAAUGUAUUGUCCUAAAAUCUACAAUUCAUGAAUAAAUCUCAGGAUGACAAGCAUGGACAUGACAAACGGUAGUUCUAUGAACGGUAGUUCGAUGGGUGGAGAUCAUGACGCAGUGCCUGACAGCGCAGAUCCCAGUUCAUCGGGAAUGAAGAUGAUGGAUGGUCACAUGAUGCCGGCAGAUGAUAGUAUUGCGAUGAUGAUGAUGCAGAUGACUUUCUAUGCUGGGGUCGAUUGUACCGUCCUUAUUAAACAAUGGAAGACUUCAAAUGCAGGAGAGUUGUUAGGUACAGUUAUAUUCUGGUUUCUUAUAGCGCUCCUACAUCAGGGCACUAAACGACUGAGACGAUCUCUUCAAAAAAGACAUAAUGUGGCAACAAGCCGGGGAGGGUUUGCUAAACUGAACGAACAAGAAGGUAGUCCUGUACAGAGUCCUGGCCCUGAGGUAUCUAUCGUGGAGGCCCCUAAUAGUUGGGGUAAGCUGAAGAAUCACCUACUACAAUCCAUUCUGCAGCUCGUACAGACUACUACUUCCUUCCUCCUUAUGUUGGUAUUCAUGACGUACAAUGUUUGGUUAGCAGUUGCCAUAGUACUGGGAGACAUGUGUGGUUACAUGAUAUUUAGCUACGAUACCCCCGAUACAUCCGGUGGGUGUGGCUAAACUCCUUGACAACUUGUUGGUACCAUGGUAACAUGAAUCCUGUAUCUUGGUUUCUAUGACAUACCUUUUUACCGAGAUUUUCGAUAUUAUUGACUGAUCAGUAUGAUCACUGGACAUUUGAUUUGAUACUGAUUGUUAUUGAUCUUGAGCCGAGGCAUUUAGCUCAACUGUUUGGAUUUAAGAAAAUAACAUUCUCUCAACAGGAACUGUUUGUAUAAAGGAUACUUCACCAAAUUGGUGAUUAUAUUUUAUGGAAAGAGGCUAACCAAAAUUGAAGAUAUUUUAAACCGGCCGCGUUCUUCAUUGGCAUGUUAAAUUUCAUUUGGAAGUUAAGUUUUUUUGUUUGACUUUUUUCAUAUUAUGUGCAUUGUGCAUGAACGUUUUCGGGGGACCGACAUUUUUAUCUUGUAAAGAGUCUGAUCGAUUUAAGUUAUGAUGCCACUGUUUUGAGGGUAGAAUUUAUAAAGAAUUUUCAUGCCAAUCAUUUUUAAAUAUUUUACGAUUUUGAAUUAAGUUGAUGAUGUUGAAACUGUAUUAUUUAUGGUUAUUUUGACUGUUCAACAUCUUAUGAUUCAUCAUUUAAACCACUUCUAUUAUUCUUCA